AUGCAGCCUGCUGGCGGCAAGAGUUACGUAGCUCACCAACUCUAUCGGACUGCUAUCCAGCAAGAGUACGCCAUGAGAACUCGAUCUGCACAAAAUAGAGGGGCUAAGCCUCAAAAGCAACUGCCUAACAGGCCUCUCACACUGCUGAGCACCUACAUUGAAAAAUACCCUGCGUGUUUUUCUGCAGGGAAAAUCAACAUUAUUGAAAAGGGGAUAGAGGAAAUAGACGUCCUGCCUUCACAAUACAGAGGUAUAUCUACGCUUUUUCUUUCCAACAAUAGGAUAUCGGACCUUGCAGGAGUUACGCAGUUUCCACGCUUACGGUCUCUUUCACUGGCAUAUAAUGAUAUAGUUGAUAUCUCUCAAUUGGAGUACCUGUCAGCUCUACCUAAUCUUCGUACGCUUCGCUUGGAUGGAAAUGGAAUUGCGCGGCAAAGUGACUAUCGUAUUAGGGUCAUAGCUGCCUGUGCCUCUCUCCAAUCUUUGGAUGGGCAAGAUGUUACCGAGGCUGAGCGUGAAGAAGCCGCCAAGCUUGUAGUUGGCGGCUUUGAUGCAACUAGCAAGCCUCGUCAAGCAAACUGUGUAGUGGAGAUAGCACAGAGGUUUUCUCCCAAAUCCCUCAGAGAGAAACUCAAGGCGGCCCAGCACAUAGAAGGCAACAAACUGCCGAGUGAUGUGCAGUCGCACAUCGAGAACACUGCGCAGGUAGGGGAUCGCCCUCUAUCAAAUGCAUCUUUAGUCCGAGACAUGACCACCCUUCCUGGAGAUCAACCUAGCACCAUUCUCAGAUCACUACACGAGGCCGAUAGGGAUGAAAAGGACAUAUUUAAGCACGCGACGGAAAGUGCCCCUCACUCUAUUGAGCUCUUCCCCAACAAAAUGAAUAUGCGAACCUUCAGCGAAUUGGCAGAGGCAGACACCCAAAGCAUGCAUUCGGGACACCGCCCAGACCCUAUUUCCCUGAAUAAGCUACAUAAGCAGAACGAGCACGCUAGGUCCGCUAGGCCCUCAUCUACAGAGGGAAGGCCAGAUCCACUUGUCUCUCUUACACAAGCAAGUACAGCUGCCUAUAACCAAAUUGCAGAAUCCAGAAGGAAGCGUUCUGCCUCCAUAAGCCUUCAUAAGCAAAUCAAUGGCUCAAUCAAUAACUCAUUCCAGGCUCACAAGGGCCCCGGGUACGUCUCCGAUUUAAGUAACACUGGCAUGAUUAUUGGCGAUCUAGAUGUCCACUUAUCCAGUGACCAGUCUGCACACAGUCUUGCACAUAUCAUUAAUCGAUACUCUCUUUCUUCUCCUCAAGAGCUUCAAUCUAUCAUUGCUGAACAGGCAAAAGAAUUGUCUCUUCUUCGUGCAAAGUAUUCUGAUUCCAGUUCCAAGCAGCAGUCCUUUUCAUCUGGAAGUUAUCUGAAUGAAAAUAGCGGCGAUUACAGCGCAACCGCUCGGAAGCAAACCGCGCGCCUUGAACAUUUUGCAGCUCUAUUCACUAGGAUCAUGAAGCGUGCUGCAUUGGACACCUUUGUUCAGAACUGCAGGGCUCAAAUGAGGCUAGGGAAGCUCGAGAACCAUGCCCAUGCACAGUAUCGAUAUUUUUUAUUGUCUAGAUCUUUUGCUACAAUUCGCAAGCUUUCACAAGAUUGUUUCAAAAGUGUGUUGCUAGAGACUGUCAUUCUACCUCAACAACGGUUGCGAAACAUUUUCAUUACAUGGAAGGCACAUGUUUCUGAGCUGAAUGCACAUAAAUCCCAAAGUGUCACUCGUCGAGACCUUAGCAAGGCAAUAGAGUAUUAUGAAACGCAGAUUCUUCAGAGAAUCGCUCUUCUGUCUCUCUGUGCGGAGUCAGAGCGGCGAGCCUCGGAACGUAGCCAACGCUACGCUCGCUGGUUGGAGCUACAUGGUCCGCCGAGAACAGACAUCCUCUCUUUCCGAGGGGUCCUGAACCUGUGGCGUGAAAGGAUCUCGUGCAUGAGGCAUGCAGAGAGCACUGUACAGUUAAAUACUAGGACGAGAUUGAUUUGUAGGGCAUGGGUUUCUUUGCUGAGGUACACUCGCCGCGCUGAAAAGAUAAGGGCCAUGGUAGCAUUGAAAAAUAGGGUAAUCACUAGGACUGCCUUCGGUGCUCUUGUCCAGAGAUACCUCCGAAUGAGACAGACUAGAAUCAUGGUACAAUUAUUAGUUAGUAGGCUUGAUAGUACUCUUCGAAAACGGGCAUUUCAUACCUGGAAAAGCCAGACACCCCUUCUCAUUAUGCAUCCAGCUAUUAAAGCUUUCAUUGAAUUACAUGCUAGCAGAGCAGACGCUUUGGCCGCACAAUUGUUGAUGAAGCGGUCCUUCAAGAUCUGGAGGUACUCAUCAGAUAGCUCUACCGCAAUCCUUCUAACAUCGUUGCAGUCAAACAGGAACAGAGAUCUGGCGCUGCUUGCAAUGGGCUCACUGAGGUCAGCACUGUACUUGCGGACUCGUGACACCCUGGCCAAAGCGACGGACGGAGACAAUGAGUUAGGCCAGGCCUACGUUCAGAAGCUUAAGGGCAAGAUAUCUGUGCUUUCUAAGGAGUUAAGCGCUAACGUUACGGCCCAGCACGCACUCAGAGAUAAGGUAACCCAAUUAGAAGGCAAGUACAAUGAUUUACUAUGUGCCCAGCAAGCUCACGAGGAUACCCUCGCAAGCAGAGACAAGCGGAUAGUCGCCCUCGAACAGGAGCUAGAGGCAGUAAGGAACAUAGACCAUUUACAUGUAGAAGCGGAAUUCACUGACAUAGCCCUACUGCGUGUGGAGCUCAAGUCUCUUGCAGAAAAGUAUGCUAACCUCCAGACAGAUCACCAUGCUCUGCUGGGUCAAAACAGACGUUUGCAAGCAGAUAUUCAGGCGCGAGAUACCACCAUUCAAGAGCAGCUUGAGGCAAAUAGACUUUUGCGUGAGGGAAUCAUGCAGGCACAGCAGUUUAAAUCGGAUAUGAUUGCAAAAACAGCGCGUACAGAGGCACAGCUGUUGGCCACACGGGCCCAGCUCAGCGCAGUGGACCAGGCUGCUACCCUAGACAGAGCAGAUCACCAGGCUGCCGUCGAGGAGUCAAUGCGGCUAACUGAAGAGGCCAAGGCUGAGGUCCAGAGCUUAAAGGAGGAUAUCCAGUACUACAAGGGUCUCGACUUUGCACAACGGACAAAGAUCAUGAGUCUAGAAAUGCAAAAAGAAGAGUUAGCACAGCGGGAAACACGCAUGCAGGAACAAAUAAUGGAUCUAGCAUACAGCGCAGCCCGUCCGUCAGGUGCGGAUGUCCUUCAAGAAGGCAGUCGUAGUCUUGCAAUCGGAGACUUCAGUAGUCAGUCUGGGAUAAGUGCUACAAUCAAGCCCGUCAUCAAUUACAUGCGGACCAAGGAUGAGCCUUCCCCAGUCAUCAAGCGCCCCUCAAUAGAUAUCAACAGUAUUGAUCUUGAAAUCGAAGAACUCCAGAACAAGAUUGCAGAUAAGUUUUUCCAAUCAUAA